UGUUCUGCUUUAUCAUGAGCCACAACGUCUUCACCUCUCCGAAUUAUGGAGAUCGUCAUUCGAACGAAGUAUACGAUGAGAAGGCCACUGUCGACAUGAUUGAUCGAGUGGAAACCGCGAAUACACCAGGAUUGACACGGAUGGAAGCGCCUGAAAUCGUUCGCAAUAUGUCUCCAGAAGAGCGAGCGCAUGCAGAAAAGGUCCUGGUUCGAAAGAUCGAUUUCAGACUCAUGCCCAUGCUCGUUUUGAUGUACAUUCUAAACUACCUUGACCGCAACAAUAUCGCUUCAGCACGCUUAGCAGGACUGGAAACUGACCUGGCGUUGACAUCUUCACAAUACGAGACCAGUGUUUCGAUCUUGUUCGUUGGAUACUUGCUAAUGCAAAUCCCUUCCAACCUGUUCCUCAACAAAAUAGGUAAACCCGCUCUGUAUCUUCCUGCAGUGAUGUGUGUCUGGGGUGUUAUCUCGACAUGUACUGCUGCUGUCCAGAGCUUUGGAGGACUCGUAGCGGUCAGAUUUGUGCUAGGUUUUGUUGAAGCUGCAUACUUUCGUAAGUCCGGAACUUCUGGUUUGGUCCUGGUCAUGAUGCUAACAACAGUCAAGCCNGGUUGUUUGUUCUUCUUGUCUUCGUGGUACACACGCAAGGAGCUUGCAUUCCGCUCCGCUGUACUUUACUCUGGCUCGUUGAUCUCAGGCGCGUUCUCCGGUCUUAUUGCCGCAGGUAUUCUCGAUGGCAUGCAGGGACAUCUCGGAUUGUCGGCAUGGCUUAUCAUCGAAGGUACCAUCACCGUCGGAAUUGCUUUCCUCGCCUUCUUCGUCCUCCCCAACUUUCCACGUACGACCAAGUGGCUCUCGGAAGAAGAGCGUCAACUCGCUGUAUGGAGGCUCCAGGAGGAUAUCGGUAUGGAUGAUUGGGUCAGCAGUGAGGGACAGUCGUUCUGGCAUGGGUUCAAGCUUGCCUUCACAGACAUCAAGACAUAUGUUCUUAUGGCCUUGUUGUUUGGCAUUGUCGCCAGUGGUACUGUCACCAAUUUCUUCCCAACAGUUGUGCAAACUCUGGGUUACAGCAAGAUCAUCAGCUUGUGCUUGACCGCGCCGCCCUACUGUUUGGCCGUCAUAACCGCCUUUGCAAACGCCAUACAUGCCGACCGCACUGGAGAGCGCUUCUUCCACAUCACGAUUCCUCUCCUGUUUGCGGUAGCCGCUUUCAUUCUCGCCGCCUGUACAACCACCACCGCACCCCGCUAUGUCGCUAUGAUGCUCAUGGUCCCCGGAGUCUACACUGGAUACGUUGUCGCACUUGCUUGGAUCAGUAACACCAUCCCGCGUCCACCAGCUAAGCGUGCCGCUGCUCUCGCUGGAAUCAAUGCCAUCUCCAACGCCAGCAGUAUCUAUGCUUCGUACAUGUACCCUAGCUCAGCGGGGCCAAGAUAUGUUGUUGCGAUGAGUGUGAACUGCGUUAUGGCGGGGUUGGCAAUCGUCAUGGCCUUUACAUUGAGGACGAUCUUGGUCAGGCUCAACAAGAAGCUGGAUAGAGGCGAGCAUGUGGAGGGUGCUGUGUCUUCUGGACAGGGAGUUCCUGGCGAGGCAGCGAAGAAAGGAUUCCGAUUCUUGUUG